AUGCCGCGCUCGCGCCAAUCGCGCCAGUCACUCUAUGGGGGCUCAGGCACACCUAUGAAGAUUCCUCUCAACGACGACCGACAGGAGAAAGCGAACCGUCUGAAAUCACGACAGGCCCAACAUGCGGACCAGAUCAAUCAGAUCAAGGCUGCGGCCACGCCUGUUCGCAACAAGCGAUUAUCACUCGUAGCGGGUGGAAGCCCACACACCCCGAUCGGACGAGACGACGAUGACAGAACUCCUAAAGGCAUGACGCCUCUUCGAAAAGUACCGAUUUUGGCAGACUUCGAAGCAUGGAUGAAAAUGGCCACAGACAACAAAAUCAAUGCCGCUAACUCCUGGAGCUUUGCGCUAAUCGACUAUUUCCAUGACAUGAGAUUGCUGAAGGAGGGGGAUGGGGUCAAUUUUCAGAAAGCAAGUUGCACACUGGACGGCUGUGUCAAAAUCUAUACGAAUCGCGUGGAUAGCGUCGCAACUGAAACCGGAAAGCUGCUCAGUGGUCUAGCGGAUAGCCGGGAUAAAGGCCGGAAGGGCGAUGACGAUGGCGAAGAUGGAGAAGACGGCGAGGAAGAGGAGGGCGAAGAUGGCACAAAGCGAAAGAAAAAGAAGACGCAACGAUCCUCUGAAGCCACCCUCGUAUCAUCUUUUGCACAACUACAAUUGAAGAAGAUGGAGCUGGAAUUUUCAGUGGAUCCACUCUUCAAAAAGGUCUCUGCAGAUUUCGACGAAGGCGGCGCGAAAGGUCUACUGCUCAACCAUCUUGCAAUCGACAAAAAAGGGCGAAUCGUCUUUGACAGCAGUGACGACGCACAAGAUGCAACCGCCCAAGACACCAGAUCUAGUAUCGUCGAGUCGAACGAAGAAACAGUAGAGGAGACUUCUGCGCAAAACGAGAAUCUCGAUACCGACAUUAGUGCUCUAGGUGCGAAAUAUUUUCCGGAUUUGUCGGAGCUGGACGAUAAGGACGUCUGCCCUUCGCUCAAAAACGUGGACUUUGGAGACCCUAAUGGUUCGUUGGAUCUCCCUUUUCUCAAAGCCCCAGAAGACUGGCGGCAAGACGCACAUAAGGAGGAUGAAGGUGAAGGCGACCGGUCAGGAGUUUUCAUUGAUGGAGAGAACGCUCUUGGUUUCGACGACGACGAUGAUGAUGGUGGGCUUGGGGGCUUUGACCUACCUGCGGAUGUUGGUUUUGGCGAGGGUGGAGAAGCCUGGGCCAAAGAAGCUGCCCUCGAGAAACAAAUGCGAGUUCAUGCUGUAACGAUGAUGCACGGAGAAGACGAUGGCGAUGCCCAGAUGGGUGGAACUGAGGAAAAUGCUCAGUAUGCCAUUUCAAUGGCCAGAGCUGAGGACCAUGAGAAUGUUUUGAACUAUUUCGAUCAAGCUUUGCAAAAAAAUUGGGCGGGACCUGAACUUUGGAAGAUUAAACGAAUAAAGGAUAUGACAAAGGCUACUACAACACCGGCGCCCAAGAGAAAAGAGAAAGAGCCGUUUGAGAUCGAUUUCCUCGCUCCUAUGAGCCAAUCACUAGCUGAUGCUCUGUACACAAAACCGUCAACUAAUGCAGCUAUCUCUUUACCCAAAGCACAGUGGAAGUCGAAGACUAGGAAUCUGCUUCCAGAUGACAAGCAUUUCAACUCGCGGCAACUGCUACAGCUGUUUCUCAAACCCAAAGCUCGCAUGGGACCACGCAGAACUGGCUACGGCGGGCACACUUCUGGCCCAAGUAACGACGUGGUCCCGGAAGGCGAAGUUGGCGAAGAGUACUGGGCUCGCAAUGAAGAUGCGAUCCCAUCAACAGAGGGUGAGAAUCCUCAAGGUGAUUAUGACGCAAACUUCUUUCAAGAUGAUGGCCUUGGCUUGCCCGGUGCAGGCAUUGACGAGGAUGACGAUGAGUUCGUUGAUGCCCCGGAAACUUUUGCGCCUCCAAUCGAGGGUGGAGAUGUUGCAAUACCUUUAGAUGCGGCAUUUCCUGGGUCACAAAGCGGAGCAUUCGGAGAAAAUCUUAUUGCACAGAGCAGACGGUCCCGACCUGAAUAUGUGCAAUACGCCCGAGUAGCCAAAAAGGUAGACGUACGGAGGUUGAAGGAGAACCUUUGGAGAGGGAUUGGCUAUGAAGAGGUCACUGUCCCACCGACUCCUUCGAAGCAAAUCGCUAAACCUAUCCACAAGUCCGAGGAUGGCUCUUUCAAAUUCACGGAACUUAUCAACAACUUGCAAGACGUCUAUCCUAAGCAGCAGAUGGACGACAUCUCCACAUCAUUCUGUUUCAUAUGCGUGCUUCAUUUGGCUAAUGAAAAAGGGCUUGAAAUCACAAAUGAGACCAACUUCACGGACUUGACCAUACGGCGGGAUCCGUCAAUGGAACUAACGGUGGGCGACGACUGA